UUCGCAAAGUGAUUUGCGUGCAGUUCAAGGGGAGGAGAACGGCAUUCGAGGCCCUCGCGCCCCGAUCUUUCCGAUCAGCAGUGCCUUGAGAUUGCCGCUUUCGAAGUGAACGUUCGGAUGUGGAAACCUUAUACUCAUGUCUAAUUACACAAGCUAUUACCUGGCAGACAAAAUCAGCUCUAAAUCGGGGCCAUAAGAGCCAAAUCUAAUGCUAUCCGGCCAUACCUUUUGCAACGGAAGAAGGACGUAGUAGUUGAAUUUCGGAUUGAUAUCAUGGGCAGCCGCCCAGUCGGGUUCGUCCUGGACGCCAAGUCCAUGGGACUGAAUGCGUCGAGACCUCCAUCGCCACCACCUGCCACAUCUGCGCCAUCCGCCAGCCAAAAGUGCCGGCAAGUGCAGCCAACCGAGCCAAGUGUCUCCCGUCUACAUCAGCAAUCGUCGGUAGAAGUCCAUGUCCAGUGCACUGCCAGCUCCGAGUCGAUCUCCACCGACCAUUACCGCUGUCUGCUCCAGAAGCUGCGGGAUGCCAAGGGCGACGCUGGCGAUAUGAGCUUCGAGCUGAACAACAUAUUUCUGAAGCGGCUGGACGAGAUUGACUGCCUAAAUGGGCACGAAUGUGAUGAUAUGGACACUUUACAGCUGCGGCUGGGCACUUUCCAGGAGUGGGUGGAUUUCCUGCUCCACGUAAACCACAUGAUCUUGGGCAACGUCUCGGAUUUGGAGAAGGAGGCGUACAGCAAGAUCGUUGCCUGCACUCAGUCUGUCCAAGGACAACAGCAACAGACCCUCGAGGAGAACCGCAAGCUGCGGAAGGACAUCUGUGCGAUUUUGAGUCAUGUGCAGACUUCUAAAACCUUUGACUUCCACGGCAUUUCCUUGGAGACAGUGACCGUGAACCAACUGCAGGGCGCUGGAAAGGAUCAGGCCCGGCCGGAAUGUGAGAGCGAGAAGAUGAACGAGAGCAUGAGGUCCUUGGCCAGCGAGAUAGCCGCCAAGCAUGACGAGAUCUGUAACUUAAAGUCGCAGAUGAAAGACUUGGAUGAAGUUGUGCAAACGGCCACGCAGAAGUUGCUGUUGAAGGAUCAGUGCAUAGCGCAGCUCAAUCAACAGCUGCAGGAGAUCACACACUGCAUCGAGAUCAUGUCGGAGAAUACGCCAUGUGAGGGACCCUUGAUGCACGCGACCCAGGCCCAGGAAAGGAAACGGGGACAGGACCACUUGGGGGAGUCGGCCAGCGAUUCGUUGACCGCAGAUACGAUGACCAACGAUAUGCUCGAGAAUCUCUCAAUACACGACAACCAGGAGAGCGAGAAGCUGCGGUUGCUGAAUGCGGAACUCAAUGAUCUCUUUGAUCUGUUCAGGAAACAGGAUCACCAGGCCAUAGAGAGUGGGAGAAAACGUCUGUCCUGUUUCUUCGGAGAGCUGGCAUCCGAGCGCGAUGAUACUGUGAAAAAGCUCGAGACCAUUCGCAGCCACCUGAGAAUCCUCCAGUCGGACCUCGACCAAUCCUGCCUGAGCUCGAUUGGUUCCGAAACAGGGCACUGUGACCAGGACGCGGACGCGGACGCUCAGAUGCUGGAAGCUCUACGAAGACGCCUGCUCACCCUCAACCAAGUUAAUCGAGAACUGCACGGGAAGUACCAGCGCCUGGACACCGAGUCUAAAAUCAAAAUUUCAGAGCUUCAGGCAAGGUUUGAAUCGGAAAACGGCAUUAAUCAAAGAAAUACCGAUGUUCUAAGGGAGAUCGCCGAUCUAAUUUGCAAGUUGGGUUCAAUGGAGUUCUCCUACAACGAAAUCUACGACGAAUCCUCGCGGGAAAACCCCUUUUGUACGACUAUUGCAGAGUUGUUUGAACUGAGAUCCCAGCAGGAGCAAAAAAGCAAGGCACUUAACGAACACCUUGCCUGCCAAAUCCAAGGACUGCAGGACAAUCUAAAGGAUCGAGAUAACCAAAUCAACCAGCUGCAGUCCAUGAUCAAGAGCUACUCCGACUUCAGCGAAAACAAUCGGCUUAAAGGAGAGAUACAUGACCUCAAGCUGAAGAAUUGUGAUCUAUCCCGCCAAUUGCGGGAACUCUCUUCCCUGAUGAGAAACCAAGAAGACCAACGCGUGGAGCUGUGCACGAAGUACGAGAACCUGACGUCCAGCUUCGAGGAUCAGUGCCAGGAACUCAAGGGAGCCAAGAGGAAGGCGCAGAGUCUGCAAUCGCGACUGGAUCAGGUGGAGCAGCUGCAGGAUGAGCUUAGAACAGAGCGCAAAAUGCUGCGAGAGGAGGUAAUCGCCUUGAAGGAGAAGGAGGCCGUGUCAGCGGGACGCGAGCGGGCACUGCAAGAGCAGCAAAAGAUUGGCCACUUGGAGGUGGAGAAGAUGCGCAACCACAUUCGGAACAUGCAGGACCAUCUGCAGUUGGAUGACAUCCGGCAUCGCGAAAGUGUCCAGCGGAUGAAUGAGACAACUGAGUGUCUGCGGGAGGAGUUGCGCACCAUUUCAGACAAUUGCCAACAAAUGCAGAUCCGCCUGAAGCAACAGACCGAAGUCAACCAGCAGCAGGAGCAGAUCAUCGACUCCUUCCGAAAGUGGAAGGACGCCCAGGUGAGGGCCGACGAGGCGAUGCGUCAUUGCGCCAAGCGGGCCGAGGAACACAUACACAUGCUGCUGGAGGAGAACCGGUCGUUGGCCGAGGACUACCGCAUUCUCUUCCGGGACAACCAGCUCUUGGAGAAGGAGAUGAAACGAGUAAAGCAGGCGGUCAACUACGCGUCCAGUUCCGCGAUGAGUUGUCCACCUCCGACGAGUGGCGGGCAGACCAAUGCCGAGGCGGUAAACACAAUGGCCAGGCGAUUGCAGAACUUGACCAGCACAUCCCAGCGCAUUUCUAACCAGAAUCGGACUCUCAACGAUCAGUACUGCAACCCCUUGAUCUCACGAAGCGCAUCUGGAAUAGGGCAGCCGGUGGCCCAAUCUACACUGCGGCCUUCUGGAUCGUCUGAGGAUUAGUCGUAGGGGCAGAUAGGAGCAUGACGCUUCCAUUCCAUUUGAACAUUGUUCUCACCCAAAAUCUGUAUGCCAUCAACACUUGAGGCGCGUAAUUUGUAAAUUAUUUGUAAAUUGUGGUAGAAAAUAAAAACUAAGUGCUUGUGUAA